GUCAGUCAUGGGUCGCCCUGCGAGUCAGAUGUGGACAUGGAUCCUUUGUGUCCUUUGGUGUGGGAUAUCUGUUGCUCAACCAGCUACAGUACCACAUUACAUGGUGACCAUACCUGCAGUUCUUGAGGCUGGAGCUGAGACUAAAUUCUGUGUGAACCUCUUGGAGCCCAAUGAAAUGUUGGCUAUGACUGUCACUUUGAGGUCCCAAGACAAGAACACAACUCUGUAUGAGAAGACCUCCAGCACAGAGUUUCAUGACUGCAUUCAGUUUCAGGUUCCUUUAGUAACAAAUGAAGAGGUGCAGACAUUUGAGGUGGAGGUACGAGGAAACACAUUUCACUCAAAAGAAGCCAGAAAAGUCAUGAUCAAAGCCUAUCAACCAAAAACUUUUAUCCAAACGGAUAAACCCAUCUACCUCCCUGGACAGACGGUGCAUUUCAGAGUUGUCACACUGGACUCCAAGUUAAGACUUGCCAAUGAGCUGUAUAACAUCAUCAAGCUGGAGGAUCCCUUUGACAACAGGAUUGGACAGUGGCUCAAUGAAACGUCCAAUAGCAAAAUACUACAGCUUUCUUAUUCCCUGAACUCUGAGGCUCGUGAAGGAACUUACGAAAUUGUUGUCUCAGUAGGUGAAAGAAAAACACAUCACAGCUUCAAGGUGGAAAAGUAUGUUUUGCCCAAAUUUGCCACAACGAUAAAUGUUAGAGAUGAAGUAAGUAUUGGAUCAGAAGAAUUUGAUGCUGAAGUAUGUGCAAAGUACACAUACGGACAGCCAGUGCCAGGAAGUAUUACGGUUAAAGUGUGCCGACCUUUUAGGUACCAUUAUUUGGGUAUGCAAUCAAGACACCCAGAAGAACUUGAAGCAACUCCACUAUGCGACACAAAAACAAAGGAGACAGAUAAAACAGGGUGUGCUACAUUUGAAUUCAAGAUGUCUGCUUUCACCAAAAUUGACCAAAAGAUAUUGCAUGAUCAACUGGAGGUGGGUGCCACGGUAGAAGAGGAGGGAACAG